AUUAAUUUUCUUGACAAGAAGGCAACUAUUUGAGCCUGGAUCGAAUCGUUGAACCUUCCUUGGCCUUGGGUGCUUCGCGUGACGGAAUAAACAUGUCUUCAAGACAGAUCCAAAUUUCGGCAUCAGAACAGAAUCUGAUCGAUUCCGUAGCUGAGCUGAUCAUCAAGGAAGCUCAGAAAGCCAAAGAUAACCACGGCUACUUUUCGAUUGGAUUCUCUGGGGGAAGCAUUGUCAAGAUCGUUUCAGCUGGCUUGUUGAAUCGCCAGGCGGAAAUCGAUUGGACCACGUGGAGGGUAUUCUUCUGUGACGAACGGUACGUACCACUGGACGCUGCCGAUAGCAAUUCGAAGGCUGUGAAGGAUGGCUUCCUCAGCAAAGUUCCUGUCAAGCCAGAACAAAUCUUUGACUUGAAUCCGGCACUCGAGCUCAGUGCCGCAGCUGCCGACUACAGUAGCAAAGUACAGUCUGUGCAUGGGUCUGAGGGUUUGCCGAAGUUCGAUCUGCUUUUGCUGGGUAUGGGACCGGAUGGACACACUUGCUCUCUCUUCCCUGGCCACGCUCUGCUGGAUGAGAAAGAUCUCAUUGUUGCAUCAAUUUCUGAUUCACCGAAACCACCACCGCAGCGCAUCACGCUAACGCUGCCCGUGGUGAACAAUGCACGAGUGGCUGCCUUCAUUGCGGCAGGUGCGGGCAAAGCUCCAAUGGUUCGCCGCGUCCUGGAGCCAGGCGCAGGAGAGGACAUCUUGCCAGCUGGACGCGUACAACCAAGCGACGGUCAACUGAUCUGGUAUCUGGACGGCGGCUCAGCUGCAGAGCUCAAACAGCCACAGCCAAACCUAUGAAUGUUGUCCACGCCAUCACAGUACCCCAAACCUGGAUAGCCACCGAACACUAAAAUCUGUGCUUCAAUUUUGAUGAUGAUACUGAUGACAUUGCAGCAGCCACCAUUGACACUCACACUUCAAUUUGUAGGUUGUGCGCGGUAGUUUCUCUUCCGCAAACUCACUUCGUUAGACCCGGACUAUUUCCUAGCUGGCUAGGUUCAUGUAGAGAAUUUCAGCUCGUAAUUCAGUUUGCAUUAUGUGCACACUCGCCAUUCGGAAAAACAAUCAGCUCAAGUGUUACAUUGCUACAGCAGUGCUGCUCCGAAAUUGCAAUUGCCUUAUUCAAUAAGCACCAGGGAAGAACUUGUAGCAGGCACUUCAUUCCGAAAAAAAAGAAGGUAAAAGCGUAUCUUUAUCUUCAAGAAAAAUGAUUUUAACUGUUA